GUUAGUCAACCGGAGGGACAACGUGCGCGGAGAAGGAUCUACUCUCUAUUAUUGCACUGUACAAAGUUCCUGUCAUCCGCAUAGUUCAGCUCUAUAAAUCAGCAUGUUCUCGGCGUUCGCACGUCGCGCCGUCAGAGUUCUACCGCAGGUGCGACUCAUACGAGGCCAGCCUCAAGCUGCCCCCCGUGUGACCGCCCAGCAUGCCAGGCAGAGGAGACCGACCGAGGAGCCCGAAGAAAUGCUCUACGUAGGCGAUAUCGUCGAGGAGAAAUUCGAGAAAUUCCCUCGACCGGCCAAGAAGGACCCUCUGGACGACCCCUCAGUAAUGACCCUCGUCCACCGUCAGGAUGUCAAGGAAGGCGUGACGAAUAGGGCUUACACACCCGACGAAUUGUCGAUUUUUGACCGAAUAGAGGAGAUCAAGAUCGAGGAUGCCCUGAAGAACUACAAAGAGAGUCAGUUUUUCGACGCUGAUUUCCUGGACAGCCUCGGACCAGGGAUGAUGCCCACUUACAACGUUGCAGCUUUAGCCGACAAGAAUGAGGUCAUAAGGAACCUCGUCGGAAUGGGUGUUUCCGUAGCUCAUUGGGAUGAAAAACCAGAUGUCUUCAAAACGAUGGUGAAGUUGAACUGGCAUGAGGAUUGCGUCCCACGUAUCGAAUUCUUGGUGAAGGAAUGCGGACUCGGCAACGAAGAACUCGCCAGAGUUCUUCGCCGCAAUCCCUGUAUCUUGAGCGAGGAUAUGCAGCAUAUGAGGGUACGAUUGGAGUUUUUGAGGAACAAACAGGAGGGACUCGGUCUUCGGAGGGCGGAUAUUGUGAGAAUCCUCUCAAAGGAGAGCCGUUGGUUGUCACAGUCGGUGGAGUACAUCGAGAACCGGAUCAGUUUUUUCCGCAAUCAUUUCGCUCUCACCAAAGCGGAAUUCACUCAAAUCGUAGUCUCAAGGCCGCAGGUCAUGUUGGUCACCAUGCGGAACUUGGCUCUCAGGAAAUUCACCAUGAUCGAGGAGAUGGGACUCAGCUCGUCGGAAAUGAAAGCGAUCAUAAAGAAAGUCCCGAAAAUUCUCACAAUUAAUCGAUUCGGGCUCCUCGAUCGUUUCCAAGUAUUGCAUCUGGACAUCGGUUACCCACACGAAGUACUGGUGUCAGAUCCGAGGGCUUUGCUGUCACGAGCUUCACGACUCAAGGAACGGCACGCUUUUUUGAAACAUGUCGGUCGCGAUCAGUUCGAUAGAACAAUGCCAGGAUAUAUCUCCCCGAGUGUAAUCGCACGCGGUACCGAUGAGGUUUUUGUGGAAGAAGUCGCGAAAUCGACGAAGGAGGUUUUCGAAGAUUUCAUCAAAAGCUUGUGAUACCAAUUCGUCGACCUGAGCGUCGCGGCUAGCGUUGGACGUGAAUAUCUUGUAUACUUAUAGCUGCGUUCCGUUGGAUCAAUAAAUCGGAA